CAGGCACGUACGGUCACGGGGCCACGUUGGCACUCCUAAUUUCAGAGUUGGAAGGGUCCCCAAGGGCCAUCUAGUCUAACUUGCCCAGCAUCCUGUUCUCACUGCAACCCCUAGGGAUCCUACCAGCAAGGCCCAGGUGCAACAGCAACACUCUCCCCCACUUGCGAUUCCCCAAAUAACUGCCAUGAUUCAGAUGCGGACUGACCGCGGAGGCUGGAGCAGAGACAUUGCAUCUGGUAGCCCCUGGUCGCCCGAUGCCCCACGCACCUUGGCCGGGCUCCUUCGCCUCCUCUCCUCUGUCUCCAGAGGAGCUGCCUCCUGCCAGUUGCAUUACCCAGUGGAGAGGAGAAAGCUUUGUUCUCCGGUGCCCAGAGCAGCCAUAGAACAGCCUGUUCUAACCAAUGAAAAAUGGGCAGGGGGGGGGGGGCGCAGCAGCAACAGGUUUGCAAGGAGCACAGGAAAUGGAUUUUAAUAAUGAGAAGUAGGCAAGAACAUUGCCCAGGCUAACAAGGAAGAAGCCUUAACCGCAUUAAGAAGGCUGGAAGAGGAACACUCCUGCCUGCCAGCUGCUUUCUGGCCUGGGAUGAUAACAGGGUCUUUCCCUCCCUCCACCUCGCUUUGUAAGAAAUGUUGGGCCCUGUUGGAGCAGGCGUCCGUUCUCAAGUUGUUCUGAACUGAGCCACCGCACCAUUUUGAUGAUGGCCACAUGCCACAAACCUCUCUUGUGUCUCCCUUCCCACCCUGUGUCAUGCUCGGAGCAGCGUAUAUAAACUAAUCACCAAAUGGCACUUUAAACCAGGGUUACGCUUUCUGCAAUGGAAUUGUCUAGGCGCCAUUUCCCUUUAUGAAAUUGUUAUCAUCAUCAUCAUCAUCAUCAUUUCUAGACUGCUUUAUAUUUUAAAGGAAAAUAAUCUCAAAGUGGUUUACAACAAAUUCGAACGUCAAAUCAAUAAAACAAAUUCAAGCUUCAAGGGAAAUGUUUCAGAUCCUUCUCGAAGUGCCAUUUUGCUCUCCCCAUAUUUAUUUACCUACUUAAGUUAUAUAGCUGCCCCAUGGCAGAAAUACUGUAGGAAGGCAGUAUGAUGUAGUGGUUAGAGUGUUGGACUAGGACUUGGGAGGGGCCAGUCGGUCGCCAACCUGGCAUCCGGAGAUCUCCACGCGGUAGCAAUUGGACCCGUGCCAGUCACAAAAUAUGUCUGGACCCUGAACACUAGCUUGAAGGUGCCUAGUUUUUAUUUUUGACUCACAGACUCUUAGACGUGGAGAAUUGGAAGGUACGUGAAGGAAUCACAGCUCAUGGAUAUUGUGGAAAUGGAGCCUGCCACUAACUAGAGUCUUCCCAGCUGGUUUUUCUGCAGUAGAUAUAAGAUUAAAAUGCCCAUUUAGCAGUGCAUACGCCCACAUAAAUGCCACAACUGAGCUCGCUCCUCAUUGACUUUUAUGUUGUGCUGAAAUAGCAAGACUCAGCGGGUAGUGUUACCUUGCUAGCCCUACUCGGAGUAGAGCCAUGCAGGUCUGUUAAUUUCAGUGGUUCUGCUGAUGUCAGAUGCAGCCCUAAACAGAGCUUAUUUAUGAACUCGAGCAAGCUUUUAUAUCCCGCCUUUUCGCAGGGAUGGAAGUGGCUUGCAAUGUGGACAAAUGGAAAGUGGGGAAAAAGAAAAUUGAAGAGUAUGCAGGGGAUAAUAUCUGUUCUAGUUAAGCAGCAUUUGAUCAGUGGAGCUGGGAGAGGGGUCCCUCGUGCAAAUUUAGUACAUAGGUCUCCAUAGCCACAGAUACUCUUGGAUAUAUUUUAUGUCAUCUUAAAAACUGAGGCCAGUGGAGGGUUUGAGCCCCAAACCCUUGAUAUGCCUCGUGCUGUUUUUGCAACUUCUGCCCAAUUUUCCAUAUGUAAACAGAAUAAGGAAGCAGCGCAGCUUCUGCAUUGGCGGCCAUUCCCUGCUGUUGCCAAAGAGCACAAUGAUCAGGAGAUCUUCGUCUCCAAGAGGGAUUAAACUUCAGGCCCAAACUCCAAGGACAGGCUCCAAAUGAGAUGAGCUCCCAAAGAUCAUGACCAGGCCAUGGCAAUUCCUCUGUUAACAGACAGCCCAGACGAGUCUGCCAUUGGCAAAGCCAAUAUAAGCCUUAACUGGGUGAGAUGAUGAUGAUGAUGAUGAUGACGACACCCUCACGACUUAAAUAUAUUUGUCGCUUCUUACCCUCCAAAAAAAAAAAGAGGGACCCAGGUGGCGCUGUGGUUAAACCACUGAGCCUAGGGCUUGCUGAUCAGAAGGUCGGCGGUUCGAAUCCCUGUGACGGGGUGAGCUCCCGUUGCUUGGUCCCAGCUCCUGCCAACCUAGCAGUUCGAAAGCACGUCAAAAUGCAAGUAGAUAAAUAGGAACCACUACAGCGGGAAGGUAAACGGCGUUCCCAUGUGCUGCUCUGGUUUGCCAGAAGCAGCUUUGUCUUGCUGGCCACAUGACCUGGAAGCUAUACGCCGGCUCCCUCGGCCAAUAAUGCGAGAUGAGCGUGCAACCCCAGAGUCGGUCACGACUGGACCUAAUGGUCAGGGGUCCCUUUACCUUUACCUUUUACCCUCCAAAAAGCAACUUACAAAAAUACCAUAAUUAUGCAAAACCACUACAAUAUUGGAUGCUUCCAGACUGUCACUGUGUUAGGGUGGGAUUCAGGGACAUAUAAGAAAAUUCAAGUUGCACAAUUAAUAGUCGAGCUGGAGCUCUUGCGCAACAAACCCAAUCUACCUGCCCUACCCACCCCAAAGAUCAGACUUUUAUGAUAUGUAAAGUGAAGGGGGAACUGCCCUAGGAAGCAUGGGAUAGGGCUUGCAUGACGCAGCAUUGUCUAACCUCCCCGCAAACGAAUCAGGUAUAAAUCCUCAAUAAGCUGGUUGUUUGUUUGUGAGCAGCAUUGAUGGCAAAGAGCAAAGGAUCAUGGGUGAAGGGAGCUCCCCAGAUUCCUGGAUCCAUCCUUGAGCAAUGCCCUAGAAGUGCAAGGAAAGAUCCCUGGAUAACCCAGAUCACAGGGACCAAAGAGAGACAGGGGUGUGUGUGUGUGUGUGUGUGUGUGUGUGUGUGUCAAUGGGCCCCUGUGUCAAAACUCAUCUCCCCCCCCCACGCACUGCAGGUGGUUGUGCUGGUGGGGUGAACUAUGUUAGACAUCUUUGUGAUCCCAUUUUACCAGUUUUAAAAACUUUGCUUUUUUAUUUAAAGCUGCCAACAUUCUUAUAACCAACCACGGCAGCUCAGAAACUGCAGAAGCUUAAACACACCAACACUGUUGCCAUAUCGAUAACAAGAUUAACAAAUAAGCGCUGAUAAAAGCAGUAAUUGGCAAACAAGAUUAAAGGGAACAAUAUUAAUACAAGAGCAACGGAGGUAAAAUGCUGGCAAGAACAGGAAAAGGUUGUCUGGUCAGACUGUUUGGCCCUGGGGCGGGAGGAGGGCAAGUCUAGUUUGAGCCCAGGUCUUGGCAGGGUAAAUCAGAUUCACUGAGUUUUCUUCCUAAAGGGGAUUCUGGAGGGGGCUGCGGAAACCUGGACUAUCCUGCCAUCUCUUUUGGGGGUCACCCUGCAAUAAAUUCCAAAGUGAUGAGACCUAAACAGGGGUGCUUGACUCAUUGAUAAGUACAGCUGAAUGACAGUAGGCUGUGGGUUGUGGCAUUUGGCACAAUUCUGUGCAAACCCACAGUCUUGUUCUGGGUGAAAAUUCCACACUCCUGAGAAGCUCUGUUUGGCUUUUCACAAAAGCAAGUUUCUAGCCCUCGUGGUGCACAAGGCCUUGGCUCAUGGCCAAGCGUCUCCCCACCUGCCUUGCUCUUUUCCCAGGGGGAACCUGCUCUUUCGCUCUAAAUCAGAGCAAACAGCAAUCUGCGGGGAACCCUUAUUGCCGUUUGCUCCAAUUGAGCACCAAAGAGCCUUUCCCCCCCAGGGAAAGCAGUGGGACAAGAAGACGUGUGGAUAAGCCCUCAGAAUACCGUAGAUGAAGUAUUUCUUCAUGUAGUGUGUAGUUUAUUUAUUUUUAUUUAAUAGAUUUAUAUGCCAGCCUUUGUCUCAGAAUAAAAUACAGGAUCAAAACAGGGAAACAAGGGAAACAAACCAGCAAAAUAACCUUCCCACAGACACAUAUAAAAAGCUGUCGAAUAUUAUUAAUCUUACGGAACUAUGGAACUCCCUCCUGAAGGGCCAAUACCUUUAUUUUAAGAUACACAUAAUUGAUAUGAAAAUAGUUGCAUAGUAUUUAGGGUUCAAAUGCACAGCACAUUGUAUAGAGGGGCUUGAAGUGUGACAAAAGCAAGGGCCCAUAAGCACGUAGCUUGCAAACUGUUAUCAAAUGCCUACCCUACACCCACACGCCCAGUAAGGCCAGAUAAAGGAAGGAGGGGGAAUACAAGCUAGGCUCACAGUGUAGGACCUAAGUCCCACAGGACCAGAUAAGAAGGGAGAAGGGAGUAUGGCAGUUUGGAGUACAUGUGCUUUUUGUAGUUAAGGAAAUCAGGUGUUGCCUGUUUGUGACUGUAUAAAAGGAUUGUGCAUCCACCAGUCGGUGUGCAGGUUGCGAGCUGAUUGCACUGCACCUUUGCUUGGCAUAUGCUGAACAAAUAAAUCUUGUUGUAUCCUGCCUGGCAUGUUGCCUCUUUGUGUUGGUUCCAUUGUUCCUAUUGCCCGGGUGGGACUUAGGUCCUACACUCCUACAGGAGGCAGAGAUGGCCACCAACUUGGGAUGGCUUUAGAAGAGGAUUGGACAAAUUUAUGAAGGAAGAUGGCUAUUCCCCAUGAUGCCUACUAUGCUCUCCUCCUUCCAGUGUUGAAGGCAGAACUCCAGCUGCUGCGAAUUGCAGGGGGGACGAGCGCUGCUGUUGUGCUCACGCCCUGCUUAGAAUCAUAGAAUCAUAGAGUUGGAAGAGACCACAUGGGCCAUCCAGUCCAACCCCCUGCCAAGCAGGAAACACCAUCAAAGCAUUCUUGACAUAUGGCUGUCAAGCCUCCGCUUAAAGACCUCCUGCUUGUGAGCUUCCUUCCCAUUGGGGGCAUCUGGUUGGCCGCUGUGAGAACAGGACUCCCCUUUGGCCUGAUCCAGCUGGAGGGGACUUUUCUCAAGUUCUGUUUUACUUUCUGUAUUAUUCGUGUCUUCACUAGAGGGAAUAUGACCUCAAUGCGUUACUCUCUUUUCCAGCCGUCUCUCUCCUUUCCGAUGCAGCUGCGGGAGGGGACACACCCCACCAGCUACCUAGAAUAAGAGAUAGCUGCCCCCCCCCCCCCGGAGGUGUCGUUACGUUGGCUGGAAACGACGAUGAAAGCUGUGGCCUUUCGACAGGAAACUUAAUUUUCAGGCAGAUGUUCCCUUGUUGAGCUGCCCCUGCAAAGAGAAAAGGCGCCCGUCUCAUUGACUCUCUUGGAGACUUUUGCCCAUGUCUUUUAUGGCCUGGGCUCACACUCUCCUCCUGCGCACUUUCCUGACUUCUCCGCCAUAGGGACCUGAGCCAGCCUUAGGGAAGCCGAGAGCCCCUUCCUGGCGCCUGGGCGACUUGAGGUCUGUGCCUGCUUGCUGUGAUCUUGCAGAUAUGGACAGUGGAUUCCCUGACACCCUCUUGCCCGGCUCUCACCAUGCUAAUUCGUGGGCAUAAAGACUUCCUGGCAGAUGUGGUCUAUAUCGUCUUGGAGCUGCUCAUCGCGGUGCUGGCCAUCUUGGGGAACGUCCUGGUCUGCUGGGCUGUCUGCCUGAACAGCAACCUCCAGAACGUCACCAACUACUUUGUGGUGUCUCUGGCGGUGGCCGACAUCGCGGUGGGCGUCCUCGCCAUCCCCUUUGCCAUCACCAUCAGCACCGGCUUCUGCGCCUACUUCUAUGGCUGCCUCUUCAUCGCCUGCUUCGUCCUGGUCCUGACCCAGAGCUCCAUCUUCAGCCUCCUAGCCAUCGCGAUCGACCGGAUUAUUGCCAUCCGGAUGCCUCUCAGAUAUAACGCUCUGGUGACGGGCUCACGGGCAAAAAGCAUCAUUGGCAUCUGCUGGGUCUUGUCCUUCAUCAUCGGCCUGACGCCCAUGCUGGGAUGGCACAAGCCUGCCUUGGCCAACCAGGGUUCCUCUUCCUCCUCCUCUGCUGGUGUGUGCAGCAACGAGUCCUCUUCCUCCUUCUCGUCCUCCUCCUCCUCCACUACGACCCCUUCCGGCAACUGUAGCAGCGACAUGUUGGCCUGCCUCUUUGAGUCCGUGGUCACCAUGGAAUACAUGGUCUACUAUAACUUUUUCGCCUGCGUCCUUACACCGCUGCUCUUGAUGUUCGGGAUCUACCUGAAGAUCUUCAUGGCCGCCCGGCGGCAGCUCAAGCAGAUGGAGAACAAGGCGACGCCCGGGGAACGUUCCCGCUCCAUCUUGCAGAAGGAAGUCCACGCGGCCAAGUCGCUGGCCAUCAUCGUCGGGCUGUUUGCCGUCUGCUGGCUGCCCAUGCACACCAUGAACUGCUACAUCCUCUUCCGGCGGGGCUGCGACCGCCCUCCCCUCUGGCUGAUGUACCUCGCCAUCAUCCUCUCCCAUGCCAACUCUGUAGUGAACCCUCUGAUCUAUGCCUACAGGAUCCGGGAGUUCAGGCUGACUUUCCGCAAGAUCCUUGGGCAGCACAUCCUGGGCAGAAAGCAACGGUUCAAGGGGACCACGGCCAGCCGGAGGUCCUCUGCUCACGCUGAGGAAGACGGCGAGAGUGCCGGCAUGCAGAUCACCAAGUACACUCUGAACUUCUAUCCCGGAGGGGACUUGGAUGGCAUCCACAUGGACGGGGAUUGGGGGGAAACCAAAGUGGGCUUGGAACUGCGCCAGAACAAGAAGGCGUUGGCCGGGGAGGCAAAUGGCCAUGCAGCCCAUCCCUGCAAAAAUGGGGACCUCUCCAAAGCCUGCAGAGACAUGGAGCUGCUGAGCCAAGAGCUGCUGGCGAUUCGGGAUUCUUAUGCCGCUGACCUGGAGACUUCAGCUGUAGAAGCCUCUGAUGGGUCCUGAGGCCCCCUCAGGAUGCAACGCGGCUGGAAUGAAAUCUUCCCCCUUUCCCCGUGGUCUGCUUUCGUUGCAAGAAAGGAGGGGGGCAAGGGGAGGGCAAAGGUUUGGGUCCUUGAGAUGGAAGGGGAGGGGUCCCUGACACAACUGACAGAAAGACCUGAAACGGCCUGGGGAGAAGGCAGGAAAGGGCCAGGGGGCUUUUUUCCCAGCCAAAGGUCAAAGGUGAAGGCAAGAGGCGAUUGGCGGGACACAGGGACACACUUCUUGUUGCCUUUGGAAGACUCUGCAGGCAGAGGGCACGUGGCAACAUCCGAUGUUGCUUGGGACACCUGUGGCUGCCUGUGGCCACAGCCCAGUUGUACCAGGAGAAAAUGAAAGGGUCAAAGGAAAGGUGCUUCAUAGUGCCGAGGAGCUGUGAUUCCUGCAUUGCAGGGGGUUGGACUAGAUGACCCUUGGGGUGCCUUCCAACACUACAAUUCUAUGAUUCUGUGAAGAGCAGAAUGGGAAGUUUUUUGCUGGGCACCCAGCUAGGGUGAUGCCGGGCUCAUUCCUGGAGCUGGCGAGAGAGAGCGUGCGAGAGCGCAUGGUUUGGAGGCAUUAGAGAUGCGUCUGUUUGUGUAAAAUCUCGAAUAGGAAGCUUUAUGAUGUGAUUUUGAUUUUCCUCUGGCUGCCAGAAGUCUCCUUGGGGAUUUCUGCAGGGCAGGGCAGGGCAGUUGCCUACUUAGCCUCUUCCACCAGGCUGUCUCCUAGGUAGGGCCUGGCAUGAUGGAAAUCAAUAGGUGACUGUGCUCCGGUUUGCUCCCAGGGCACGGAUGCCUAUGAGAUGAUUAGAGGGGUGGACUUGCUCAGCGAAGAGGUAGCUUCUCAAGGAACCACCUGCCUGCAGCUGGCAAGGAGUGCUUGUACAGGUCACCCACAAAGCUGGCCCAGCACAGAUCUACGCACCGAGAGAGUCCCUGGGACUCAACCCUAGAACCGUCUGGAUUUGAACUCAGUGUCCAGAUGAGAAACAACCCAGAGGGCUACUGCUUUUAAGGGCCAAUACCAGAUCCCAACACCCCCCCCGAGCUGUGUCUGCUAGCCAGAAACAUCUUGGCAACCUUUCCAAACAGCUCCCAGAUGCAAAGCUCCUCCCCGCUUGUGCUCUGGCACCUAGCUGAAAUCUACCAGGCAAACCUGUUUCGCAGGUGACUGCUGUUCUUCUCGGUGAAGACGACGGCACAGACUGUUGAGCAUCAGUCGAGCAGUUGUUGUUAUGGCGGCCAAGCUCUGACAUGACAAGAUGGCAGCUUUGCAUGGAGGGACGGCUGAGCUCGCCUUGGGGUUUUGUACGCAGAGUUUCAUUUCAACCAAAAUGGUCACCCUUUGAAGAAAUGUGAAGGAGGACCUUCGGGAGGUAGGAGGAGGAGCCAGAGAUGGGAGAGGGUGCGAGGUAGAGGCUUCUCCCUGUGACCACACAAGGAGGGCUAUUCAGUCUGGUCCAUCACCCAUCCUUCUGAAACCGUCCGUCUUCUAGUGUACACUGAAUGUUUGCCCUUUGUUAUUUCAUAGAUCAUGCUCUGUGCCCCCUCUCCGUUUUAAUAAGCUUCUGUUUCUGUUUUCUAGCAGCGUAAUUUAAAAAAUAAAUCUGAAACAAAUUG